AUGUACUUGUCACAACGGAAACUUUGGAAAUUUUUCGCAGUCGCAUGCGGCCUUUUAUCGCUGAUGACCCUCUUCUUAUUAAGGCUGUUAUCGAGGUCCUGUAAACAUGAAGAAAACAAGGACUUCCCCACUGUAUCGAUGAUAAAUAAUGGUCACCCUCCAUUAUAUCACGUGGACCGUUCUACUCCUCUUAUUUUUGUCGGUGGCUUUCCGCGAAGCGGAACCACUCUCAUGAGAGCUAUGCUAGAUGCACAUCCCGACAUCAGAUGCGGGCAGGAGACAAGGGUGAUUCCGAAAAUCCUCAUUGGUAUUUCAAGGAUAUUCAGCCUUGUCAGUGAGAAAGAAAAACAGAGAAGAGAGGAAGCUGGCGUUACCCAAGAUCUUUUGGACUCCGCCGUAGCGGUGCUAAUAGGAGAAAUCAUUGCUAAACAUGGAGAUCCUGCGCCACGAUUGUGCAACAAAGAUCCCUUAACUUUCAGGAAUCUUAGCUAUCUAGCCAGAAUAUUUCCCAAAUCCAAAUUUGUUUUCAUGGUAAGAGACGGACGCGCUGUUGUCCACUCCAUAAUGGAGAGAGGAGUUGUUAUUCGUGGCGUCAACAAUCGCCGUCCAGAAAUCCUUUUGAGAACAUGGAAUGAUGCCACAGGUGAGAUGAACGCUCAAUGUGUAGCGUUGGGUCAGUCAAGAUGUUUGAGAAUACCCUAUGAGCAUUUGGUGCUGUUCCCUGCUGAGAGCAUGGAAAUAAUCCUGGAAUUUUUGGAUGUUUCUUGGAAUGACGCAGUGAUCCAUCAUGAAACUAUGAUAGGGAAACCAGGAGGUGUCACCCUUUCCAGGUAAAAGCAGCCAUAAAUCAAUCAGAAAAAACGUCCUAAUAUUUGACGUGUUUAACGUAUACAGCAGUGAAGUUAUGAGAAUCUUCCAGUCUCAGUAUUUCCUCGAUAUCCUUCCCAAUUCUGACUGUUAAAAGUUUACCAUUUGCGCAAGAAUCACUGCGCCCGAAGAUUUGAUUUUAUUGAGUUAUGCGCUGAAUCGUUCAGAUCCCGCUCAUUUUGUGUUUUUAUCGAGAGGGCUUGAGGAGGGUUGCGAAGCCCCCUUGAUACUUUUAUCCCCAUCAUUGUGCGUUUGUUCGACUCUGGCUUGUUCAAAUUCCUUUCGCGUUUUGGUGAGCUAAGAGAUCAUUUGACACGAGUUAAAGCUCUCUGGUGAGCUAGUGGUUCUGGUAAACGUUUUGUAGGAAGACUGAAGCUGUGCCCUUACUCCUAAGGCGCAAGGGGAAAGGAACAAGGGGAAAAAAACAUAUCGCUUUUCAUGCUUUUCCUAUUUAUGCCUAUGCUUGUUUCUAUAUUUUAUAAUUUUUAGCCUUGAGAAGUCAACAGAUCAAGUGAAAGAAGCUGUCAACUUGAGAGCACUGUACAAAUGGUCUGAAAGAUUAUCGUCAUCUUUAAUGGAACAUACCAACAGAAUUGCUCCUGUCAUGAGAACUCUUGGCUAUGAUACUCGGAAAAAGUGGCCUGAUUACCGAAAGAUGGAUUCAGUCGUUACAAAACACAAUAAUUAA